AUGUUGUUUCUUGACGUGCGCCACAACCUUGACCUGUCAGAGUACGAAAAGCGAAAGGGCUCGCAAGUGGUGCGGCACCACAUCAAGGACCACCGUGCCAAGCAGCUGUUGGUUGUACCCAAUGACGACAAGUUCGUUGCUGUGGCGGCGCCGGAGGCGUUCUCGCGACACUCAGGGACGUGUAUGAUUCUCGGUGGACAGGGCGCUUACGGGAAUGGAACCUCCAAAUCUUACGAGCUCAAGCUGGGGAACUUUUUGCGGAUUGGCUCCGUUGGCGUGGUCGUAAGCGAGAUCCACACGGGCGCUGGUGGAGAGCACAAGUGUUUGUCGUGGGAGGAGCUCACGUGUCUCAAGGGGGACAUCGCUGCAAUUCAAAAGGCAUGCGAGACGGCCUGUAGUUGCUUGUGUGGUGACCUCGUGACUAUCGAAGCGCUCACGGCGCAGGAGGAGAAUGCCGAGGCGGACAAGUUGACUGGGGUGCUGCAAAACGGGGGUGGGGGGGUAGUGAACACAAGGAUGUGCUAUAUGUGCUUCGACGAUGUCGACGAACCCGGCAACCCUCUGGUCGCACCUUGCGAGUGCAAAGGCGACACACGGUACGUCCACCUCAACUGUCUCCAGAAGUGGCACACCACCACCUCCGAGAACAAGGUGGGCAUUCGCUCCCUCCCUCCCUCACGCGGGAGCUUUGUGUAUUGGCACAUCCCAUGGUGCCUGGUAGUGAAGCUCACAGCACGUGAGACCUAGUUACACGUGGUCGGCGCCGGAUGUACCUGCAUUGUUGCGAACUGCCUUCUUGCCGCUCUAGAUCUCUGGUGUUACUGCUGUUGCUUGGAGUAUAAUUUGUUGUGUCGGACACUGCGCGUCGACAAGACUGGUGUUGGUCAAGACCAUGUGGGCAGAAGCAUGCAACGACGUCUCGGUUCUUACCCUUCGCUGGCCUGAUAGUUUGCAUCUGCC